GUUCUACCGUGCUGCAUGCAAACUUUUUUUCUCGUCUUUGCACUAACUAGACUAUAUCUGAUUAUUAUGACGCAAUCACCCCUUAAAAUCCUUGCUUGUGGAGAUGUCGAAGGAAGAUUUUCACAGCUGUUUUCAAGAGUAAGAAAUGUUGUGAAGAAAGCAGGUCCAUUUGAGAUGCUGCUAUGUGUAGGUAACUUCUAUGGUACAAGUGAGACUGCUCUGGCCGAUUGGAAGAUGCUUCAGUCGGGAGACCUCAAAGUGCCUCUACCAACCUACAUACUGGGACCCAACCAUCCAGACCAUUCCAUCUUCUUUGAUAACAAGGAGGGAGGUGACGUAUGUGAGAAUCUCACUUAUCUUGGUAACCGAGGUAUUUACUCCACCGCAUCAGGACUACAGAUAGCAUACUUAAGUGGAGUGGAGUCAGGAGGAGGAGCUGAUGAUGGAUGUCACUUUAGCAGAGCAGAUAUUGAUGCUCUAGGCCUGCCCCUCAUCUCUAAUAGCAAAUUCAAAGGUGUAGAUGUGCUUCUGACAUCGCAAUGGCCAGCUAAUGUCACACAGUUUACUCGUGAUGCAGAAAGCAUGAAACCUACACAAACAUCCUCACUGAUUGGUGACUUAGUGUUGGCCUUGAGACCUCGAUACCACUUUGCCGGCUUGCAGGGUGCGUUCUAUGAGAGGACACCUUAUAGGAAUCACAGGAUGUUAGCAGAGAGCACCAAACACGUCACAAGAUUCCUAGGGCUUGCCAAGGUUGGAAAUCCUGACAAGAAAAAGUAUCUGUAUGCAUUCAACAUCACCCCCAUGGGCAAGUUGAGUCAAGUGGAACUGAUCAAACAGCCUGAUGAAGUCACAGAGUGUCCCUUCACAUGGUCAAAGAGAGAGGAACCAAAGGAGACGGACCAGUUCUUCUUUUCAAAAGGAAAUCCAUAUAAACAAGGUCAGAGAGGUCAGAAGAGACAUGGUGGCAAUAGAUCAGAUAAUCAGAGGCAAUAUGACGGUCAAGGACAACAUGAUGGUCAGAGACAACAUGACGGCCAGAGACAACAUGAUGGUCAGAGACAACAUAAAAUGCCAAUAAAGAGUCAUCCUCAGCCUACAGGUCCAUGCUGGUUCUGUUUAGGAAGUCCAAAGGUUGAGAAGCAUCUGGUUGCUAGCAUCGGUACAUCGUGUUACUUGGCUUUGGCAAAGGGAGGACUUGUUCCUGAUCACACUUUGAUUCUCCCUGUUGGGCACUACCAGUCCAUGUUAGAUCUCACUGAGGAAGUACAAACAGAACUAGAUCAAUUCAAGUCAGCCUUGAGGAAGUACUACCUAUCCAAAGGGAAGACAUGUGUCAUCUAUGAAAGGAAUUUCAGAACACAACAUCUGCAGCUUCAGGUCAUUCCAGUAGACAAAUCCAAGGCAGAUGACAUCAAAGAGGUUUUCUUUAGGGUAGCAGAGGAGCACAAACUAGACUUAGCUGAGAUACCCCAGCAUACAGACCUCAAACAGAUAUUAUCUGUUGGGUCACCUUACUUCUAUGCAGAGCUGAAUGAUGGUGAGAAGAUCCUGCACAAAAUCAAGAAGUUCUUUCCUCUACAGUUUGGCAGGGAGGUUAUGGCUGCAGCAGAAUUACUGGACCUGCCAGAGAGGGUGAACUGGAAGAAUUGUAGCACCAGUAAGGAAGAGGAGGGUCAAUUAGUCUCAACAUUCAGAGACCAGUUUGAGCCAUUUGACUUCAAUCUGUGAGACACCCCUAUGAUGUUUCAAGGAUUCUAUGUGGUCCUGAAGUUGAGGAUUUUUCAUCUGUUCAGUGAUCAAUGAUGCCAGUUUUCAGGCUUUGCCCUGAUUUUCAGCCCUGGAAACCCCAAACAAUUCAGGCCUUAUAACAUACUACAUGUAUAGGGAUCUA